AACGCGACAUGGAACAACGCCAGAUGCCGAGGCGAGAGACUCCUCAAAGCGAUGGCGCUCGACGAAGAAGAAUCCCGCACGCUCCUCGCCUGGCCCUACGUGCAGUCCAAGUUCGACGGCGACCUGAAGCGUGACCUGGAAAAGUGGGGCUGGGACGACGACGAGGCGAAACAUAAGCAGUCCGACGCGCACUGUGAUUUCAAGGACUGGCACGAACUGGGCAAUGUGUUUGAUGCGCUUGGGAUUGAUACUAGGAGUAAGGAGAUGGGCGGGCCGAACCAGUGUUUCUUUUUCCAUCAUCAGGGGGGGAAGGCGAUUAAGAGGGGGGAGGGUGGGAAAUUGCCGGAUCCGGAGGAGCAGAGGUAUGAGGUUGAGGGGAAAGAGUAUAGGGUGACUGGCGCGUACCACCGUGCGGGCAUCAACCCCGACGACGGCAUAGUGUACUUUCUGCACCGUCGGUCUCCUGAGGAAGGCGCCAAGAUCCUGUGGGGUGUGGAACAUUCUGACAUCGCGGAUCUGCCUGCUUUGAGAGCCAGCUCCGAUCUCACGUGGGGACUGUGGAAUCGCGUGGCAUCGAAGAAUCUCCAGCACAUAGAGAUGUUCAUGGUGCUGUCGAUUGUCAAUGAAGAUACUGUGGAUGCUAUCAUCCCACGCGCCCUGGAGCACGCGAAGGAAAAGGCGGAUGAGGUCAAGCCGUGGCCUGGAACAGACUUUGUGUUUGGCGAGGGUGACGAUGAGGCUGAUGAUGCGUUUUAUGCACUACUGGGUUCACCCAACGGCCUCGCGGUAGCUUACUUCCUCAUCCAACAUAAACUCCAACUUGGAGGUGCCAAUUUCGUCUACAAGGUCACCAUAUUCCGUGGCGAAGACGAGGAUGCGAAUCCGAAUUUUAUCUUCUAUGUUGAUCAUGGGGAGCCGCCUCUCCGGGAGGAUGAUAAGGGCACGGGUGAUCGCAAACAAGGAGGUUUGAAGGUAGACUAUGUGGAUCUGCAGGAUCUGGGUAAUGUGACGAAUUUGAGGGCCUUGAAGAGGAGCGAGGAUGGAAAGCAUAUCCUGAGAGAACACAUCUUGUAAAAGAAGACUGGAUGAUCCUUGGAGGGGUUGGAGAUGAUGAUCGAUGGAAAUGCUGACUGGGGAAUUUUCCCCCUAUACGACGGUGGAGUUGGGUGUGUGACCUGGCAUGAAAGAUGCAGUUUUCCUGGUUCUCUUGAUAAAAAUGUUUGGUUUGCGUCUCGAGAGAAUUCAUCCUGAUGCCAGGGGCCAGAUCAUGUCGCAUUAGCAUAAAACAAGGGAAGAUAUCAUUAGUAUCUAUGGUCAGGUAGCCUGAGCUGAUAGAUGCCAUCUAACAUGGAUAAGGAGCUUCUGAUCCUGUACGUGUUGGGUUUUCCGAUAGAGAUAAUGAUACAGAAUUUGUUAAUCGAAUAAGAUCUUCAGUCUCUUGUAAGAGGUGCUGGUGGGCCGUGUAGUCUCAUUCGUAUCUUGCAGCUGAAUGGAG